CGCCACGCUGCUGCGCGGCGCUGGGCGAGGCUUAGCGGUGGGGCUGGAGGCCUUGGUGCUGGGGGGCGGUGCGGAUGAGUUGGGGCCGCCGGGCUGGGAUCCGAGCGGGGCGAAGAGUCGGCAGCCGUAAGGGGCACGGCGCUUGGACGGCCGCAUCGACGGGGGCUGGCGCUUGAAGGCCGGGGCUGCAGCGGAUUUUCGGGAGGUGCCGCUGCGCGGGGAUGGGCCCGGGUGAGCCCCGCAAGAGCAGGGCGACCUAGGGGCGGGUGAGGAUGUUCUCCACCUGCAAGGAGCAUGCUCGCCUGGGUUAGUUGAGGUUCCGGGCUUGAUUCUUGAAGGAUCUGGGCGUGCGGCAUUACCCCCAGAAGCAAUCCUUGCUUGGAGGCCAGGCCGGCUGCUUUCUUUUGACAGGUGCUCCUGUCAGCGAGGCAGUCCUGGCGAGAUUACAGUAAGGUAGAGGCCAGAUCGAGGAUAGUCAUGCGGGGUUUACCAGGGACCUGUCCCUGAAGGACUUGUUCAAGAUGUGAGAAGCAAACAGACCCCGGAGUUCUACAGCCUUUCUGCUCCCCACCCCUUGUCCGGUGCUCUAACUUUGGACAAGGUGUAGUAGGUCUUAGUUUUCCAAUCCGUUACAGGGUGAGGGGCUGUAAUGUGGUUCUGAGGGGAAGGUGUUUGGCCCACAGGAAGUAUAAUGACCCUGUGUAUUAGGAAUCCUUCGGCCUUAGGGGUGUUUUGCAUGUGGUUUCUCAUCUGGAAUGCUUUGACAGUCUCCGGCCUGAAUCUUUAUGAAUUCCAUGCAUUUAAGACUUGGUGGUCUCUCUGUACAAUGGUUUCUCAGUGAAGAGAGGAUUCCCAAAUAGGAGGCAAGGACCAUACAGGGUGGCUGUCUGCCCAGUCCAGCACCAUGCACACGCUUGUGUUCCUCAGCACACGGCAGGUGCUCCAGUGCCAGCCGGCUGCCUGCCAGGCCCUGCCCCUGCUGCCCCGGGAACUCUUCCCCCUGCUCUUCAAGGUGGCCUUCAUGGACAAGAAGACGGUUGUACUUCAAGAGCUGGUGCACACAUGGCCCUUCCCGCUCCUUAGCUUCCAGCAGCUGCUGCAAGAGUGUGUCCAUUGCAGCCGAGCCCUGCUGCAGGAGAGGCUCAGCACAGAGAGCAUGCAGGCUGUGAUCCUGGGCCUGACUGCCCGGCUUCACACUCCAGAAAAGGAGGCUGGCACGCAACCCCUUUGCAGGAAGCAUGCAUUGCGGGUACUGGACAUGACUGGUCUUCUGGAUGACGGUGUGGAGCAGGAUCCUGCAACCAUGAGCAUGUGGGACUGCACAGCAGCUGUAGCCAGAACGUGUAUUGCCCAGCAGCAGGGUGGGACUGCUGAGCCAGGGCUGUCACCGGCCCCUGUGGAAGUUCGCGUAGACCUCCGGGUAAACCGCGCCUCCUACACGUUCCUUCGUGAGGCCCUCCAGAGUAGUGUGGACAGCCCGCUUCGGCUCUGUUGCCGGGACCUCCGGGCUGAGGAUCUGCCCAUGCGCAACACUGUGGCCCUGCUGCAGCUUCUAGAUGCAGGCUGUCUACGCCGCAUAGACCUGCGCUUCAAUAACCUGGGCUUGCGUGGCCUGUCCGUCAUUAUCCCACACGUGGCCCGCUUUCAGCACCUAGCUAGCCUGAGGCUGCACUACGUGCACGGGGACUCGAGGCAGCCUUCUGUGGACGGCGAGGACAACUUUCGCUACUUCCUGGCCCAGAUGGGCCGCUUUAUCUGUCUCCGGGAGCUCAGCAUGGGCUCUUCUCUCCUUUCAGGCAGGCUGGAUCAACUGCUCAGCACCCUGCAGAGCCCCCUGGAAAGCCUCGAGCUGGCCUUCUGUGCACUGCUACCCGAGGACCUCCGCUUCUUGGCUCAGAGCCCCCAUGCUGCCCACCUCAAGAAGCUGGAUCUGAGUGGCAACGACCUGUCGGGGAACCAGCUGACACCCUUCCAGGGUCUGUUGCAGGCGGCCGCGGCCACGUUGCUGCACCUUGAGUUGACGGAGUGCCAGCUUGCUGAUGCCCAGCUGUUGGCCACACUGCCCACCCUGACUCGAUGUGCCAGUCUCCGCUACCUUGGUCUCUAUGGCAACCCUUUGUCUAUGGCAGGCCUUAAAGAGCUGCUUCGGGACUCUGUGGUGCAGGCUGAGCUACGCACUGUGGUGCACCCCUUCCCCGUGGAUUGUUACGAGGGCCUUCCUUGGCCACCACCUGCCUCGGUGCUUCUGGAAGCCUCCAUCAAUGAGGAGAAGUUUGCCCGAGUAGAAGCUGAGUUGCAUCAGCUGCUGUUAGCUUCAGGCCGUGCCCACGUACUCUGGACCACAGACAUCUAUGGGCGCCUGGCUGCGGACUAUUUCAGCCUCUGAUCUCCGGGGUCCUGAUGAGGGCUAGGACAAGAGCCUUGGGGACCCUGCUGGAGGCCCCACACAAGGCUUUCUGAGGUUCUCUGCAGUUUGCCUUGCUCCUGGGUGUACCUUGAGUCACCCAGGUUUUGCAGUAUCCUUCACCUGCCCCCACCUGUCUGACCGACUGUUGGUCUCUUAGGACGGUACUCCCUCACCCUGUGUGGCUGCACUUGAUGGCUCUUCUGGGUGGCAGCCUCUCUGCAGAAAAGAGUCCCUGGGCACAUCCCAGGCCCUUAGAAGGAGUGCAGUAGAUGAGGUAGAGAUUAGGAUGAUCUGCUUUAGGGAGUCUUGGGAGUACCCCAUGCAGUCUGGGGCCUCAUGCUGUGUAUCCUGUCUGGCCCGAGGCACUCCGUUACCCGACUCUGUGGGGUGUGAGCAAGGUACAAAUGUGCAGUAUCUGGAACGUGAAUCUA